AUGGCUGCUGCCAAUCUCUCAACGUACUCUGACUGCGUCUCAUCACUACGCACAUCUCUCAAGUUUCUCGAGUCAUCAGUUGAAACGCUCGAUAAUGGCGUCUCCGACUUCCCACGUUUAAUCAAUGUCCUCAAGACCGUCCGCCAUUACGAACUCAUUCCCCAGCCCACGCUCGCAGCAGCUGAAUCAUCACUCCGCGACGAAAUAGGCCCCUAUAUCGCUCUCCUUCUCGCCCGCGCGGACUCUCAAAUUGAGCGACAGGAACGCCGCAUCGAAACCCUCAAAGCCCGCGCAGAACUCCAGCAGGGCCGGUUAUCGCGCCCAGACGACAACUACGACGAAUACGGUGGCAAGUCUAAGAAGCAAAAAACUGGCAGUCGUAAGCUCACAACGGAAGAGAAGCUCCGCGCGAAAGCAGUCCGACAGCGCAAAGAAGCUUUGCGGUACGGCGUGGAACGACUAGAGCUAGAAGUGCUACAGAAGGAGAGAGAGCUUAGGAAGAGACUGGAAGGACGAUGA